UUACCCUCGUUUUACAGCGGGGUCUUCGUGAUCUUUGAGCCGCUCUCUACACUCGCUGGAGCUCUAUACGCAUUCACUGAUCCGUAUGGGUUCGUCACCACUCAAGAUCCGUCGCAGUCGCAUCUGGUGGAUGCGUUGAAGAGUCAGACACUCCCAUUAAGCUCCCUCGCCGUCGCGAUCCAACUCGGCAACUGCUACCUCCUCCUCUCCCUAAUCUCAACCUUCAUCCUCCACACCACGAAUGAGGUCCGCACGGUGAGAGCGCUGCUGUGGGCGUUAUUAUUGGGUGAUGUGGGACAUGUUGGUGCGUGUUAUUGGGUGUUGGGGAGUGAGGUUUUCUGGGAUGUAAGCAGGUGGAAUGCGGUUACGGCGGGGAAUGUCGGGGUGACGACGCUUUUGGCGGUGUGUCGGAUUGCAUACCUGUUGCAAUACGGA